AUGGAAGGUCUAUUUUUCAACGUUGAUACUGGGUUCAUCGAGGGUGUCGUGCGUGGGUACAAGGAUGGCUUAUUGAAAUCGGCUCAAUACAUCAAUUUGACCCAAUGCGACUCUUUGGAAGACCUGAAACUCCAGCUUUCUGCAACAGAUUACGGCAACUUUCUGUCGAAUGUGUCUGGAACACUUUCCACCACAAUUAUCGAACAAAAGUUGAACGAGAAGCUGUAUGAGCAAUUCAGAUACAUUAGAUCACAAGCAACAGAACCUCUUGCCAAAUUCAUGGACUAUAUAACCUAUGGGUACAUGAUUGAUAAUGUUGCGCUUAUGAUUACCGGUACUAUUCACGAGCGAGACAGAUCCGAGAUCUUGGAAAGAUGUCACCCACUGGGAUGGUUCGAGACUCUUCCUACCCUUUCUGUUGCCACCGAUAUCGAUUCUUUGUACCAAACUGUUCUGAUCGAUACUCCAUUGGCUGCUUACUUCCAAAACUGUCUUUCGGUGGACGAUUUGGACGACCUGAACAUUGAAAUCAUCAAAAACACUCUGUACAAGGCUUAUUUGGAAGAUUUCAACAAGUUCUGUCAGACUCAAUUGCCUUCUCCAUCCAACGAAAUCAUGGAAAGACUUCUGAAUUUUGAGGCAGAUAAAAGAGCUAUUAAUAUCUGCAUCAACUCCCUGGAUACGGAGUUGGGAAGCGAUGACAAGUUCAAGAUUCUGCCGGAUCUUGGCCAGCUGUCCAACUCGGCUUAUCAAAACCAGCUUGCUCAAACAGACGACCUUGAAAACCUCAAAACUAUCAUCACUUCAUUGGGCGAGUACCGCAACUUCUUCGAUACUACCAAUUACAAGAAUUUGGAAGACCAUUUCUAUGAGUACGAGAUGAGACUUUGUAAAGACGCUUUCACACAACAGUUCACCAUCAGUACCAUAUGGGCUUACAUCAGAUCCAAAGAACAGGAGAUCAGAAACAUCACCUGGAUCGCCGAAUGUAUUGCCCAGAACCAAAAGGAAAGAAUAAAUAAUUACAUAUCUGUCUAUUAG